CCAUCAAAGAUCAAAAUGGCUGAGCAGAGGUCGGUUGAUUUUGACGAGAUCGUCGCGGUGCCUGAUGAGGGGUGGAGCCUGGGCGAGGAGGAAUCAGCCUGCAGCUCUCUCUGCCCGACUGAGGAGUCGCAGGAGAAAAUGGAGCCUAGCAAGAUGGCGCCUUCCAAGAACGCUCCUAGAGAUGCCUUGGUGAUGGCACAGAUCCUGAAGGAUAUGGGAAUCACGGAGUAUGAGCCAAGGGUUAUAAAUCAAAUGUUGGAAUUUGCUUUCCGAUAUGUGACCACAAUUCUGGAUGAUGCUAAAGUUUAUUCAAGUCAUGCUAAGAAAGCUACUGUUGAUGCAGAUGAUGUGCGAUUGGCAAUCCAGUGUCGGGCUGACCAGUCUUUCACCUCUCCUCCCCCGAGAGAUUUUUUACUAGAUAUUGCAAGGCAGAAAAACCAGACUCCUUUGCCACUGAUUAAGCCAUAUGCAGGACCUAGACUGCCACCUGAUAGAUACUGCCUCACAGCUCCAAACUAUAGGCUGAAGUCCUUAAUUAAAAAGGGACCUAACCAAGGAAGACUUGUUCCUAGAUUAAGUGUUGGUGCCGUCAGUAGCAGACCUACUACUCCCACUGUCGCACCCCCACAAGCAGUAUCUGUCCCAAAUAAAGUUCCAGCUCCAGUGUCAGUGACAAGCCAAAGAUUUGCAGUGCAGAUUCCACCUUCUCAGUCCACACCUGCCAAACCAGCUCCUGCGACGACUACAGUCCAAAAUGUUCUGAUUAAUCCUUCAAUGAUUGGGUCCAAAAAUAUUCUCAUUACCACCAACAUGGUUUCCUCACAGAACACAGCCAAUGACUCAAACCCGCUGAAGAGAAAGCAUGAUGAUGAUGAUGAUGAAGAUGAAGAAGAAGAUGAUGAUGAUACUAUGUAAGGAAUAAAGUCUGUUCUACAUACAUUAAAAUCUUAGUGCGCAUGGGUCCAUAUGGUAGACCCAACAACCUAAGUCUUCAUAAGUUUUAUCUUAGAAAUGUAGUGGCGAUAUUUUUCAUAUUAGUUACACCUGGUAAGUUUUAUGAGUACAAAUGUUUCCUCAGUAGGCUUCAGAUAUACAAGUACUUGUCUCUAGACUGCUUCAUUAAUGUUGAGUAUCACCAUGGAAAUUCUAUUUUUAGAAGCAGUUUUGUGCCAUGUCACUGACAGCAGCACUUGGAUUGCAGUUCCUGGUCUCAUUUACAUCUAAAGAUGACCUUUUGUUAGACGAACUGUUCACAUUGUCAUUUCAGACCAAAUCUCUCAAUUUAGUAAACUUUUUUUUUGAAACAGUGGAUUUAGAAGGGGGCUAAAUCCAUUUUGAAUGUAUUUGGGUUUUGGUCUAACUCCCCACCUCAGCUCCCUAUCCAGAUCCCAUUUGUUUUCUGUCCCAAUCUCUCAUCGCUUACCAUUGCACUUAAAUUGAAAUGUAAAACUGUAACUGGAAUUUGUAAGAUACCAUAUAUGCCUGGCAAUCUGUAGUUCACUUCAACCUGAGUGUCUGCAUUUGCUCUUUUGCACUCCAUAACAAAGCAGUUGGGUCUCGGCCCUUGCCGUUCAUGCCUGUUAAGCUUUACUCAUUGACAGGCAGUUUCAGAUCAGUUACAUUCAGUUGACAGCUUUACCAUCCUUCAUGUUUAUAAUUUAACAGACACAUCAUAAUGUAAAAGCUGCCUUGGUAAGCAAUUUACACUGGACCUAGACAAACCACUGAAGAGUGUCUUUGCAUAUGCUUUGGUCACUACUGCUUGAACCAGUCCAUGGUUUCAAUCAGAUCAUCUGUCUAGCUUUCUGCUGAGGAUGACACACAUAAGAUGGGAUCAAGCCUGAAAGUGGAUUCCAAUGAUUGUCCUUCCCCAUCAGGCCAACAGGGAAAACAAUUAGUCUCACCUGACUGCAUUACACAUGCCCUACAGAAAUUACCCAACCAUUGUUGUAAACACUAUUUUGUUUUUAUGCAUACCUACAAGACUCACUGGGAAACACUGCAAAGCUUUCUUCAGAGCAUACAAAGACCUAUUGGGUCAUUUAAGUUCCACAUAGCCAACACUGGGAAAAUGUAAGCAGAACUUUCCAAAACUAUAGCUAUGGGUCAUCAAAAGUAUCAGCAUAGGAUGGUGUUUCACACAUGAAAAGUAGUAUAGUAACAAGACAGAAAUGUCCGUUUGAAUGUUUAGGAAUGUUAGGGAAAGUUGAUCUGACCAAUAAGAGAAAUGUGCAUUAUGUAACAGAGAUGUCACUACUUGAAUGUUCUCAGGGAGGCAGAAUAUUAGGCGGCCUAGGUUCUAGUACUAGUUUCAUUAGCAACCAUGUGACCUUAUUUUACCUCUGAGCCUUGUCCUCACUAGUAAUAGGGAAAUAACACCUACCCUGCCUACCUCACAGGGAUGUUGUGAGGGUUUAGCUAGUGUGUGACUAUGUGUGUGAGAAAGUUCAAGAUUGUAAAAGCUGUAAGUAAAUAUUAAUGUAUUUGUUCCAAGGUUAUUAAUAAAAAAGUUAACUUUA